CUUGCCUACAUAAGUAUUCGUGAGCAGUGAAGUAAUUAGUGUGAAGUUGGAGCAAAGUUACCCAGAGUACUAUAUCAGAAGCAUGUUCAGUCUAAAGCUUUUUAAGAUGUGUUUUGCUCUCCUCGUGAGUAUGGAACUGCUAACAUUGUACAAGAACAAGAGCCAACAAGGAGAUGCACAACCCAUCAAGGAUUUGAAAACAAGACAAUCAACAGGUGCUAGACUGUCCACCUCGAUUACAACACGAACAAAAUUGUUGAGCAGGACUCGAAUGUUUCUGCAGAUCGACCGGAAUGGCAAAGUCAGUGGCACUGUAAACUGCAGCAAUCCGUAUGUUUCAGUCCAACUUGAAAUCAGUUCUGUUGGCACGGGUUUGGUAAGAAUCAAAGGUGUGAAAUCUGGACACUAUUUGGGCAUGAAGAGUGCCGGAGAUCUCUACUCAACGCCUUAUAAGAAUGAAGAAACAGAAUUCAAGACUGUCUUGCUGGCUUCAGGCUACCACACAUUUGUAUCCAACAAGUACUUCAGAAAUACUAUUCAUGAUGUUUUUGUGGGGCGGUUGAGGAGAAACGGCAUGACGAAAAAUGGCAGCCGUACCAACAAACUUCAAAAACCCGUUCAUUUCCUUAUGAUAGCAGAUGCUAAUUGUUAAAUUGUUAACUUUUACAGCU